AUGUCCUCUUCGUCGAGGUUCUUCACUUUCGGGCUUCUCAUCCUUCGCGCUCCCUUCCAAAUCUUCACACACGAUAUGACUUUCGCUCGUCCGCCCGCAUCCACAUGGGAGCUUUAUCACAAACUCAAAGUCCAUCCGAACUGGGGAUAUGUCAUAUAUCGCACCACUUAUUCCCCUCAAUCUGACGCCCACUUCUCCACUGCGGUCAAGUAUGUCGAGGCCUCUGUAAAAAAUUCAUUCUUCAGGGAAUGCGCAUCUAAAAAGGGGAGUUCAACUGGCGUAGAUCCCGCCAUUUACGAGGAAAUCUGGGCCAAACAUAGUUCAACUGUCAUGGAAGAUGUGGCUCUCUUCGAUGGUGCCUCAAUUGAUUUAAUACGCGCUCAUUUUGAGGCAUGGGUGGAUACACAGGGUCAGCGCGAUUCUUUCAACAAAUAUCGAAUGUGCAUAGUCAUUGAUGAGGAAUGCCUGCAAACGCUGCUGGGUACAUCGGCGGAAGCCCUGGAGCAGGAGACUGAAUACAAGAGAGACAAAGCAAAGCGUUAUGUGAAGGUCCUCGAAGCGUGGCCCUAUGUCGACCAGUAUGAUACCUUUCCGGGAUGA